GUUGACUUAGAUGGCUUCUUUACCUUCUUUCACUGAAAGAGAAAUAUUUUUUUAUGAAUUACUUUCUAUAUUGAAGAGAAAAGAGUUUUUUUUAUGAUUCCAUGGAAGGCCGGCACUUGAGCACGCCACGGGUCCCCCGCUGCUUAAGUGGGUUUUCCGUUUGCCUUUCAACUAAAAAACAUACCAUUGAAUUCCCGUCAUAGUUUUCAGCUGACAGAUUUCUACUCCAGUGGACAUACAAGACUUGACAGUUGUAUUAAGCCUUCUUGGAAAUGAGUUGAGCAUUCGCUUUCAUUGACUCAGACGGAGAUGUUGCUUCUUUACACAACAACCAAAAUUUAUUCUCGGUUGGUUCGUUGCUAAGAUCAGAAGGAAACUCGUAGCUUAGCGAGGGACUGAAAUCGUCCUCAACAACACAUUAAGCAAGCUGGAACCACGAAAAAUUGCCCCGUCUAAGGACGGGAAAGGAAAAUUCAAGCAUGCCAAGCAAGGAUCAUGGCUGAAGCGAGGGCUAUCAAGUCGCCGUGUUGUGAUGGAGGGGGAGGACGGGGAUAUGCGGGGUAUCCCGGGAACGUACGGUAGCAAACUGUACCAUCUCGUCAAGUUUGUAAAGCUAGGCCAUCUGUUUUUCGUUGACCAAACCAGGAAAUACAAGAGUUCCGUUUUCAAGUGCAACUUUUUCGGUACUCCAUUCAUCGCUCUUACGGACUUCAAGGGUGUCACGGCGCUCUUCGAUCCAAAUAAGGUGGAAAAAGAGGAAGGAUUUGGGAGCUUCCGGUUCAACAAGGACCUGCUUGACGGUCACGUGCCUUCCAUGUUCUCGAACGACUCGCAACACGUGCGGAAAAAAGAAUUCUUGAUCAAAAUCGCGAAGAGUAUGAAAAUGCAGACGCUGAUGCCAAACAUACUCGACAUAAUGCCCGAACACUUGAUCAAGUGGCACUUUCGAGAAGGUAAAGGAAUGUCGAGUCAAGAGGAAUGGGAGGAUCGAAUUCUGCUGCUUGCAAGUGAUAUCAUGAGUGAAACACUACUCGGGAUCCGUCUUGAUGGUGACGCUUUCCUCAAUUGGCGCUUCAGCGUGCUCAAGCCUACCAAGAAAACGUGUGGCAGGCCAUCCAAGAAGAGCCAGACAGCCAUGGACUCCUUGGAGCACCUGAAAGCAGCCGUCGAGAACUCGCCCAAUAUUGACGAGAUCUACGAAGCCGCGGAGAAAUUUGGGAUUUCUCACGAGGAGGCUGUGCUGGAAAUACUGUGGAUGCUGAAUUUUAACGCAUCACCUGGAACUGGAGCUGCGAUGAGGUCAGCGGCAGCCCGUCUAUCGCUCAUGAGCAAAGAGAAGAAAAACGAGAUGAAAGAGGAGAUCAAGAUGCAUCUUGGGACGGUUGGACUCAACCUAAGAACACUGAAGAAAAUGAACAAACUGGACCAGUUCACAUGCGAGGUUUUACGGAUGCACCCCCCGGUGGCCCUCUUCUUUGGUGUCGCCAGAAGAGACUUUGUUGUCGAGACGAAGACUGGGAACUACAGAAUUCGACGUGGUCAAAGGUUGCUAGGCAACUGUCAUCUUGCACAGCGCGACCCUGAAGUAUUUGAAACUCCUGGGGCCAAGUGCGUAGAUACAUUUGAUCCUGACCGGUUUAGCUUGAACGAGACUCUAAAGCCCAAUCUUCUUUGUACACAUGGCAGAAUGAACCAGAAGCCUUCUGGAAUGGAUCACAACUGCGCAGGCGCGCACGUGGGGAUCAUCACGCUCAAGACCUUCAUCUUGUAUCUCAUCUUGUUCUGUGACUGGGAACUAGAGGAAAAACCGUACUGGACAAGGACCAACCUUAUAAGAUAUGGCAACCCUGAUGAGCCGAUCCGACUUAAAUCCUUCAAGUACACAAGAGACAAAGAAGAACUUCUACUGCCGGAUCAGCCGGACAGUUCGUCGGACGAUGAGCUACCGGACUUGCGACCACAAAUCCCACAAAACAUGGAAGAAGACGAUGAAUGAGAUACCAGGAGGACACAAUCUUAAACAUUUAUUAUAUUUUAAGCAAAAUACCAAAUAAUUUAUAGCAAGAAUGUAUUUUAGCAAUAUUGAAUCUGAUCAAGCUUCAAUGAAUGGUACUUAGUAUCACCCAUGUGUUAUAAUGCUUUUAAGUAUCUUUUUGUCUUCGUCCGUAUGUCUGUUGACCACACCGAAAGUUCUAUCCCAUAGGAUUUGGAGCGUCGGCUCGAGUUAUCCGAAACACUCGAUUAAAGACCUCCUCUCCAGAGGUUGGUUACGGAUGAGUCAUAGCCCCCCCCCCCCCCCCCCCCUUGCCUAAGAAGUGCAUGUUUUGACGUCUUCCUAUAUCAAGUCCCCCUUUUAGUACAUGUUGUAUAUGCAUCAGCUCAAGAGAGUUUCCUCACCACAGCUAGACCACACAAGGCCAAGAGAACUUAUAACAAAAUAGCCCUCUCUAUGACGUUAUAGGGCAUCUGCGUAAAUAACCCGGGACCCAAAUUAAAACAAUCAACAAUAGAAGUGUUACUUUUACCGUGUUCUAUGUACACAUUGAUUGUAAUCUAAUGAAACUCUGCUAACUGGUAUUCAAAUAAUGAAGAUAGUGUUUGUUCAAGUGAAACAGUGAUAGAAAUUUUAAAAGGAAAAUAAAGUUUGUAUGAGUCCAUGA